GCCCCGCGCGCCGCGGCCCCCGGCGGCCGGCACCACCGGCGGGAGGUGUCCUGAUCUUCUGAAAUGUCAGUGGAAGGAGUGGCUGGUCUUGUAGAUUAGUUAUACAUCAAUCUUGUCUUCUCCAUACUCAUCGUGAACAGUCAGAAUAAAAUGGAUGGUUUGGGCAGCCUUCUUCCUCCUGUGGGUGAAAGUGGUGAUGCAGCUAAUUCACAAGAAAUACUGAAACUUUUGAUGGAUGAAAAAAUGAGAAGUGAACACCAUAAAGCAAAUUAUCAAACUCUAAGGGCAGAACAUCUGAGAUUGCAAGAGGAUUAUACCAAAUCACAAGAUGAACUGAAACGGUCGUUAGUUGAAAAACAGACUGUACAUGACAAAUUUCAGCAGCUUCUUGCUGACUUUCAAGAGCAGUUGCUGGCUAAAACACAAGAGCUGGAACAAGUGAAACUGCAGGUGCUAACUCCUCAAAAAUUAGAACUGUUAAAAUCAAAAAUUUAUGAGGAAUUGGAGUCUCCUAUGAGAGAGCGUUAUCAGAAGCUCGAAAAUGAAGUAGAAAAAUACAGAACACUAUAUAACAAACUUCGUUAUGACCAUACCUUCCUGAAAUCAGAAUUUGAGCAUCAAAAGGAAGAACAUGCACAUAUUUUAGAAGAGAAGAAAAUAAAAUAUGAGGCUGAGAUUGCAAGACUGGAUAAAGAUAAGGAAGAGCUCCAUAAUCAGCUGCUUAGCAUUGAUCCUACAAGGGAUAGUAAACGUGUGGAAGCACUUUCUAGAGAAAAGGCGCAACUGUGUCAGAAAUUAAAAGCCUUAGAAGCAGAAGUAGAAGAACUAAGAGCAGAAAGACACAACUGUGUUGUGCAAGCAGAAAAUGUUCAAAGAGUACAAGCACGACAGUUAGCUGAGAUGCAGACCAUGAUGAGGUCUCUAGAGGCAGAAAAGAAGUCUGCUGAACUACAGGUUGGUCGAAUUGAGAAGGAACUGCAGACUAGUCAUGAGCAAAACAUUCUCUUAACUAGCAAACUUCACAAAUCUGAACGAGAAGUCAAUUCCUUAGCUGCUCAAGUAAAGGAACUUAAACAUUCACAUAAGUUGGAAGUAACAAAUGUCAAACUGGAGGCAGCAAGAGCAAAGAGUGAAGUAGAAAGAGAGAGAAACAAGAUUCAAAGUGAAAUGGAUGGAUUGCUGUCCGACAAGGAAAUUCUUACUGCAGCUGUUGAACGUCAUAAAGUGCUUUUAGUAGAAAAAGAUCGGGAGCUAAUUCGUAAAGUGCAAGCUGCCAAAGAGGAAGUUUUUGACAAUAUUGCAGCCUUACAGAAUGAAAAGUUAGAACUCGAGAACAGACUAGCUGAUCUAGAGAAGAUGAAAUUGGAACAAGAUUCUUGGAGACAAUCUGAAAAGGAUCAGUAUGAAGAGAAACUACGUGCUGUGCAGAUGGCAGAAGAAUCUAGCAAAAAGGAGCUUCAGCGUUUGCGAUUAAAAAUUCAACAGCAAGCUAUGCAGACAGAAGAGCUAGAAGAAAAGAAACGUGAAAAUGCUAAUCUGAAACAGCAAAUAGAUGAUAUCCAACUCCAGCUUGCCUCACUUUCUCAAUCAGAAAAUGAUUUGCUGGAAUCUAAUCAGAAAUUGAAGGAAAUAAUAGAGAGAUUGAAACAAGAAUGUCAACAUGCAAGGGCUCAGGCAGAGAAAGCUCAACUGGAAACAGAGAAGACUUCAGAAUACCAACGUAUGGAAUGGCUGCAGGAGAAGCAUAUGCUUACCCAGCACCUCACAGAGUAUGAAGAGAAAUACAAGCAAAUGAAGAACAAGCUAUGUCGAGCUGCUGUUGCUCAGAAAAAGAGAAAGACUCUCAAUGACAAUAAACAAAGGAGGAUGCGUGAGAAAAUAGAACUUUUGGAAGCCAAGAUGGAAGAACUAGAAAAAGAAAAUCAAGUGUUAAAUAGACAGAAUGUUUCCUCUGAAGAAUAUGCUCGCCUCCAGAAGAGGCUAAAGGACUUGCAGCGUCGGCAUAAUGAAUUCCGGAGUAUAAUUCUGAAUCCUGACAUUCCGUCACUCAAUCCAGUCAGUAUUGCGCCAUCACCUGCUUUGCCUCCUGGGCCUGCAGCAUCCUUCUCCUUUCUUCAGGAGGAGCAGCAUCAAAGAGAGCUUGCCCUGCUUGGCAAGCGGUUGGAAGAACUAGAAACCAGACAAAGAAAACAGCUGGAAGAUCUUGGACCAUCUAGAGAGCGGGUAAUGGUGGGGAAUGGGGACUUGGCAAGAAAAAAGAUCACUGGAGAAGAUGAAGCACAAAGUGAGGACUCUAAAUAAAAUCUGCACACUCUUGAUGCUGUUAGCUUUCAAUAACUUAUCCUUUGUACAUGCUUUUCAUAUUUUGCCAAAAACAUGGUUGUAUGUGCCUGAAUAGCAUAAAAUAUAUUCUGCAUAGUUA